UGGGGCAAAAGUACGCCUGUGCGUACUUUUGCGGAUUUGAGACAUUUUGCAAUUAAGACAAAAUUAGCUGAUAGAAUAUCAAGCUCAAUUUGAUAUUCACUUUGAAGAUUGACUUGAAACAUGCAUUUGCCAAGUCUACCUCACUGGGGGCAAAGGUACGCACUGCGAACGUUUGCCACAUUUCAACGUUCGCAGUGCGUAUCUUUGCCCCAUUUGUGUGAGUACUUUUGCCCCAUCCGGCAACCAAUAAUAUAUCUAACCUCAAUAUGAAACUAUGCACAUAUGAACUUCAAACUGUCAUGUAGAAGAAGACUUCUAACAAUAAACUUUCAACAUGCCUAACCAAUAAUAAUCUGAGUUUGAAAGAUUAAGAAUUAGAAUCAAUCAAUUUUUAAGAAAAAUUAGAUCAAAAGGUACAAAAAUAAUUUUUAUCCCAUCUUUGUUGUUGUGUUCGCCCUGAUUGCGCCAAAGUUUCUCAUCCAAUGCUACUGAGUAGUACAAACAUAUGCCACAAGAUGUUGUCGCCAACAUAUAAGAAGUUACUGAAAAAUGUAAGUGCGUACCUUUGCCCCGUGCGUACUUUUGCCCCCACCUACCCUAUACGCAAAUUUAAUUUACCAUGACCCUUUAAAAUAUCUCAUAAUUAUUGUCCCUCCCCAACCAUUUCUGCUUAGAAAAAUUCCUCUAGACGCUUUCAAAUUACUCCAAAAUUAUGGAAAAAUACCCCAAGCUGGCAACGCUGACUAUCACUAUAAAUUUUUUGUUUACGAAAGAUGGCCAUUAUCUUCCCUCCUUCCUCCUUCCCUGACUAUCGCUAUCUCAUCCUGGGGUCAUUAAAUUCACUUCUUGCCCAUUCCAUUUCCAUCGGUGUUGACUUAGAGCAUGGAAAAGGGGGUAUAAAAUUUUCCAUGUUCUAGGUGUUGACACUUCUUUGACAGUUCAUUGGUGUCGUCGCGCCGUAAUUGACAGUUCGUUCUUUAAAGUUUAAAACGUAAUGUUCUAAAAACAACCCUAAUAUACUAGAAUUAUUAAUAUUAAAGUCGUUAAUCUAAUCUAAAUUAAUUUUAUUGCCGUUUAUAUUUAACUUUGAUUUAACUAUGGAAUUUAAAGUUGAAGUUAAAGAAGAGCAUGAUGAAUAUAACCAAAAAACUGUAGACCCUCAGAUAUGUCUGGAUCGCCUCAAAAAUGAAAAUGAACCAGAAGACAACUCAGCAAUGGAAGUAAAACCUGAAAUUAAGAGAGAAUUUACUGAGAAUGACCAAAUAUAUAUAGAGAAUCAGCUAUGUACAUCCAUAGAACUUGGAGACUUGAAGAAUGAAAUAGAUGAAGAUAACUCAGGGUUUUCUCAAAACAUAAUGGAAAUCACGAAAACUAAACUUGAGUGCGCUACAGAACAACAAAUCAGUGCAAACACUGUAGCAACAUCAUUAAAACAUUCUACUAGCAAAUGUAAAAUUUGUUUUAAGCAAUUUACUCAGGCAAAUCUACUGGAACAACACAUAAAAACCCACAUUGGAGAAAAGCUUUACAAGUGUAAAAUUUGUUUAAAGCAGUUUUCUAAGAAAUGUAAUUUGCAAACACAUUUGAUAUUACAUUCUGGAGAAAAACCUUAUAAGUGCGAAAUUUGUGGCAAGCAAUUUAUUCACGAAUAUAAUUUGAAAAGUCAUUUGAGUGUGCACACUGGAGAAAAGCCUUAUAAGUGUAAAAUUUGUUUUAUGCGGUUUUCUCUAAAAGCUAGUCUGAAAACGCAUUUGGUAAGACACACUGGAGAAAAGUCUUACAAGUGCGAAAUUUGUUUUAAGCAGUAUUCUCAUAAAAGUAGUCUCAACACACAUUUGGAAACACAUACUGGACAAAAUGAUUUUAAGUGUGAAAUUUGUUUUAAGCCGUUUUCCACAGCAAUUAGUUUGAAAUCACAUUUGGUAGUGCACACUAGGGAAAGAUCUCACAAGUGUACAAUUUGUUUUAAACAGUUUAGCCAAGCAGGUACUUUGAAAAAACAUUUGAGAGUGCACACUGGAGAAAAACCUCACAAGUGUGAAAUUUGUUUUAAGCAGUUUAGUCAAGCUGAUAAAUUGAAAACUCAUUUGAGAAUACACACUAAAGAAAAGCCUUAUAAGUGUGAACUUUGUUUUAAGCAGUUUUCUCAGAAAAGUAAUUUAAACACUCAUUUGAUAUUGCACACUGGAGAAAAACAGUAUAAGUGUGAAAUUUGUUUUAAGCAGUUUUCUCUGAAGUGUAAUUUGAAAGGACACUUAAGAGUGCACACUGGAGAAAAACCGUAUAAGUGUGAAAUUUGUUUUAAGCUGUUUACUCAUAAAAAUCCGUUGAAUGAACACAUAAAACUGCACGUUGGAGAAGAGCCUUACCGGUGUGAAAUUUGUUUUAAGCAAUUUUCUCUGAAGUGUAAUUUGAAAGGACACUUAAGAGUGCACACUGGAGAAAAACCAUACAAGUGUGAAAUUUGUUUAAAGCAAUUUACUACAAAAAGUAAUUUGAAAAUACACUUGAGAGUGCACACUGGAGGAAAACCGCACAAGUGUGAAAUUUGUUUUAAGCUGUUUACUCAUAAAAAUACGUUGGAUGAACACAUAAAACUGCACGUUGGAGAAGAGCCUUACCGGUGUGAAAUUUGUUUUAAGCAGUUUUCUCUGAAAGGUAAUUUAAACACACAUUUGAUAUUGCACACUGGAGAAAAACAGUACAAGUGUGAAAUUUGUUUUAAGCAGUUUUCUCAGAAAAGUAAUUUAAACACACAUUUGAUAUUGCACACUGGAGAAAAACAGUAUAAGUGUGAAAUUUGUUUUAAGCAGUUUUCUCUUAAGUGUAAUUUGAAAGGACACUUGAGAGUGCACACUGGAGAAAAACCGUACAAGUGUGAAAUUUGUUUUAAGCUGUUUACUCAUAAAAGUCCGUUGGAUGAACACAAAAAGCUGCACGUUGGAGAGGAGCCUUACCAGUGUGAAAUUUGUCUGAAGCAGUUUUCUCUGAAAGGUAAUUUGAAAACACAUUUGAGAGUGCACACUGGAGAAAAACCAUACAAGUGUGAAAUUUGUUUAAAGCAAUUUACUACAAAAAGUAAUUUGAAAAUACACUUGAGAGUGCACACGAGGAAAAAAACAUAAAUACUUCAAACAGUAGUUUAAAAUUUCAAAACAAAGAACAACAAAAAUGGAGCGUUCAAUCAUUACGUAACGCAGUUUGGGGUGAGGGGGUCUUGUAAAACGUUACGGCGCGUUACAUGGGGAGGAGGGGGUUCGAACAGCGCGUUACGUAACAUUCUUUUUUAACUUAAAUGAAAAAAAAACUACGGAAUUUCUUUUAUGUUUUACAUAGACCCCUGAAUUGUAUUAUGUUGCACCCUCACGCUCCGCUCAUGUUCCGACAACAGGACAAUAGUACCUUUUUCUUUUAUGUUUUACAUAGACCCCUGAAUUGUAUUAUGUUGCAUCCUCACGCUCCGCUCAUGUUCCGACAACAGGACAAUAGUAUGUACCUAUUCAAGAGACAAAAUCUUAAAAUUUGUAACACAGAUGAAGCACAGUAACAUGUGUUUGCAAUAAUUAAAGAUGUACCUCUCUACACAACAAAAGAUUAAAAGAUACAUAUGUUAUUUAGAGGUUGCAGAGGGAAGUACAUGUUCAUAAUUCAUGUAAGUUUUCUGAAAUUGUUAAAUACGCAACUUUUAAAAUUAUUUAAAAAUAUCUUUAACCUUUUCACUGCGGCUAGUUAUAAACGUAGUAUGGUCUCUGGUACGGCUGUUUCAUGCCUGUGCUGAUCAAUGCGGUUGCCGCAGUCAGUCGAUGUAGUACUAUUGCGUAUAAAUACGGUUAACGCAGUGUAUUCAGUACUGUAUUUACAAUUUUGUAGAAGUGAUUGCUAAAUUUGUUCCUGUUAGAUUAUUGAAUUAUAAAAAAAAUAAAUGCGCAGAAAAAUGUAUCAUUAUUUUAUUUAUUAUGAGUAAUUGUAGCAACAAGUUAAAAAACUACGAACAAGUGGUGCACAAAACAUUCAAAUGUAAAAUAUAAAUAAAAGUCCAGACUACUUACAAAAAAAAUAAAAUUAAAAUUUUUUUAUACAAUGAUAUCUUUCAAAGCAUGGUGUAACGCAGAGAGGCACAUUACAUGGUAUGCACGUAUAGCCUGUUUCUUUUCGAAUGUUAUGCUUUGCACAUACAACACAGCGUUUAGAUGGUGGUCUUUUAUUUUGUUCGGUGGCCUGAUACAUUGCUGGAAAGUGUCUCUCAAUAAGGCGUAAUGGUGAAUGAGCAUCUUCUGGUUUACGACUGGUGGAGGCACGAGGUUUGAUUUUCUUUUCUUAUGUUCAGCAAUAAUUUCUUUGACAAGAGCUAACUCAAAAUCUGCAAGUGGAAUGCUUUUUCCACUUGUAAUAUUGUAUAAGGCAUGAGAAUUUAAUAAAGAUAAGUCCAACAAAUGAAAAAAUAACUUCUUAUACCACUUAAUUGACUUUCUGACAGAUUCAGUACUACUGAGAAGCAUGUCGGUUUUGUCGACAGUCCCCAUAUUACAAUUAUAAUCCAGUACACAUUCUGGUUUCUGUAUAGCAACAUUGUCCUUAGUUUGUUUACCACUAUCUUUCAUCUUGCUGGAGUGAAGUGUUGUAAGCAUUGUAACUGGACGUCUAUCUAACCACUUCAGUGCCUGAGGCGUGCCUGCAUAUCUGUAGUCUUGUAGCCAACUACUUGACCUUUACCUAGGUUUUCUGUCAUGGGUGGCAUAUGUUGUCUAUUUGAUUUUACCGUGCCACACGCAUUCGUCUUAUCUUUAUGCAGCUUGUCGAAUAAGAGCGACCUGGUGUACCAGUUGUCCACAUACAACGUAUGACCUUUAUUCAAAUAAGGCUCCAUUAACGUAUAUACAAUAUUACCAGAAAUUUUUAGGUCUUUGUCGAAGAUUUUAAUGUCGGUAUUAGACCCAGUAUAAAUAACAAAGUCCAAAAUGUAGCCUGUCUCACAGUCACAUAAAACAAAGAAUUUAAUUCCAAAUCUAUGUCUUUUAGAGGGUAUAUAUUGUUUAAAUGCUAGUCUACCCUUAUAAAGCAUCAAGCUUUCGUCGAUACAAAUGUUUCUGAAAGGAUACAUAAAAUUACGAAAAGAGGUUUUUAAAUGGUCUACAACCAUUCGCAGCUUAAAGAGGGAGUCUUCGUUAUUAACGGUAUUGUUGUCUGAAAAAUGUAACAUACUCAACAGCAUUAAAUUAUUAAAUAUCUAUCACGUGACAUAAUUUGGGCAAAAAUGGGUGUAGAGAGGAAACUGUCAGUCGACCAAUAAGAAUUUAUCUUUUGUUUUCGCACUUGGGGCAUAUGGAACGACACAGCUAGAAAACAAUACACUUCAUCCACAUCGGUGUCUUUCCAAUUUACAACACGAGAAUGUUGUUCAAUGUCACUAUGUAGCACAACGUAUAUGUAAAAAUUGUUAAUUUCAACCACAAUAGCUUUCACAAAGUCCUCAGAAAAAAAUGUUUUGAAACUAUUUAAAAUACUUGGAUUACUUUUUAAAUUGUCAUUCAAACACCCCGAUCUAUUGUCAUUAAAACUAUGAACAGUUGGUUGCAGAUCUCCCUUUUCCCAUUUAUAUAACGGAAUCUUUUCAUAUUUACGCCGUUUAGAUUGUGGAAGAGACGUACAGUUGAGUCCGCGAGUCUUUACCCGUGCGUCAUCACUUAAAGCAUACGAAAUAAGUCAGAAAUCUAUUUCACGCAACAACAACUGACAGAAAGUGGCUACUGUUCCGAUUACGGGUUUUAUUAUAAAAUUUGACGUUAUCAAAUAUAUAGAAUGUCAAAUGUAAGUUUUGCUUCAAAAUUUUUGCGCAGAAUUACAGCUACAUUUGGAGUAGCUUAAUAAAUUCUUUUAUUAUUAUUGAUUAAUAAAUAAAUAAACAAUUUAUAAAAAAAUCCAAUAACAUAUUUUAUUUUUGUUAUUUUAUUCACUUUGACGAAAAUCUAAACACAGUCAUUUCUUUACUGUGUGAAUGACGUUAGCUUUGUAUGUUUUAAAUAUUAAUUGCCUAAAUAUAAUUAUUUACCUUAAAAUUUCAAAGCCCAAUAUAAAAUUAGUUGUGAAAACAACUGUUUGUGUAAUAUAAAGAAACUUCAAAACUCAAAAAUUCGACAAAAACCGCAAAAAGUUCAACUGACUGACAGCCACAAAAUUAAACAAAUCAGAAACGUCAAACAAAUUGUGCUUAAAAUAUGAAAACAUACCGAAUCGUCUUUUUUUGUACCUAUCUCUUUUCAAUGCACUGAGUCUAGAUGGUUCAUAAAAAUAACAUGGGUUGUUACUUAAUAACAAACGGCAGCUGGUUUGUCAUGAGUUCCAUGCAUGGAAGAGAAUGAUGCUAGAUAAAAAGUAUGUGUUUAUCUUGCCAGGUAUUAAUGACGCACGGGUAAAGACUCGCGGACUCAACUGUAGCUUCUGAAGUUGAAGCGCUAUUUUCACUAACCUGUGUUGAAGAUGGUACCUGGGAUGGUACAGUCUCUUCAUUACCAUUUUCUGAGAGUCUGAAAGAAUACACUCAUUUCCACUGUCACUUUCCAUUAAAAUUUCAUAAAGUUCACUUUCGUUGAGAUAUUUGCGGUUACGAGCCAUUUCACUAAGCAAUUUCUUUUUUUAGUCACGAAUGUAUAUAAGAACUCUAAAUUUAAGAAGUACUCACUUAUUUUUGUACAAAAUACACUACAAGUACAGAAUGGGGCAAAACACGGUCGUGGAAUGAUAAUUUGUAUAUUUAUCAAUCACCGCUAUUAUCGUACUAGCUGUGGUAGUAGCAAAAGACGUAAGCUCAUGCAAACUGGAGGAGGGAUGUAAAAUUCAUUUUGGGCUUGAAAGAAGUAAUCUCUUUUGUCUAAAUUUAACCAGUCUGUAAUUUCCAUCUCCUUUGAAUAUUCUUAAAAUAUGUAUAUGGUAAACUGUUCUCCAAAUGGUCAAGUCAAUAUAAAUUCUAUAAAUAAUCCAGAUAAUAUGUUUUUGACAAGUCUUUCAUUUCCGUCUAAUUUAUUUUCCGAAGUUUCAGGUAGCAAAUUAUAAUCUUUUAAAUAAUUUUUUAACAAUACCAUUGUUUAACUACACAAUGUAGCUUACUAACUUUAUUGUCUAGUUAUACAAUGACAAUACGGUACCGUUUUUACUAUCAGCUAAUUAAUACAAUAGGUACUAAUAAAAUGAUUUCAAUUUGAAUAGGUACCUAUUUCUUACCUGAGCCGUUCUGUGAAAUUUUAUAUCAGUUUUAUUGCAUUUACUACAGCAGCUUUAAUUCAAACAAUUGAAUUCUUAAGCCAAGCGUCCACAGACCCGCAUCGUACGCAACGGAUUUUAGUUUGACGAUCGAAAAUGCGAUCCGUACGAUGCGGAUCAGUGGACGCGGUUACAUAAGUUUCUGUACAAGGCAAACUAAAAUCCGUUGCGUACGAUGCGGGUCUGUGGACGCUUGCCUUUAAACUGAAAUGGAAUAAGCCGAUAAAACUAUCCUACAUAAAGACGGCGAAGGGAAAUUCUAAGAUUUUACCAGUAAAUCCUUGAGAGUGCGUACCAGUGAAAAAAGUUGCGGAUUUGUACGGCUCCCGCAGUAAAGUAUAAAAUUUUUAAAUGUAUUGUAAAUUUUGAUAUCACAUGCCUAACUCGCUUCUAUGGGCAACAUACAAUACGCAAACAAUAUCUGAUUUAUACGGUUUCCGCAGCGAAUGCCGAAAAAAGUUACGCGUAUUUAGCCGGUUCCCGUAAUACGGGCACGAUGUUAUUUUACGUAUAUAUCCGGUUCCCGCAGUGAAAAGGUUAAAUAAAAAGCAUUAAAUACAAAACCACUAUAUUGAUACUUAGUUUAGAAAAUUGAUAGAUAUUUAAAAAAAAUAAUACCCUUAUUUAAAGUGUGAUUCCUGAAUAAUUAUUAAUUUCAAAGUUUUAUGUGAUUAAUAUCUUGACGAAAAUUAUACAUAAUUUCAAAAUUUCACCUUUUAUUCAUAAUAGACCCUACAUAAUACACAUUUUUGAGAUGAGGUUGUUAAGCAGCUUCUAAAAACAAAAAUAUACAGGGUGUUUAAUUAAAAUUAAAGAUAAUGGACUAUGCUAGACUUGAGUGAAUCACCCUGUAUAUUCAAAUUUAUGUUUAAAUAGUCCAUAGUUGAAUUUAAAAGUUGACGUAUCCAAGUGUUUUUAUAAUUUUCUAAAAUAAUGACACAUGACAACAAUUUUAUUCCAUAAGUGGUUUCCAUACAUUAUAAUUUUAUAUGAUCAACCAUGUAUUAUUCAUAAAGACCAUGAAAUCAGAUUGUUAAGCAGCUUUUAAAAAUAUAAAAUUAUACAGGGUGUUAAAAAAUAAAGCUUAUGGACUACGGUAGGCUUGCAUGAAUCACCCUGUACAUUUAAAUUUAUGUUUAAAAAGCACACAUUUUUAUAUAUGAAAAUCUACGGGUCUCAGCGUUUUUAAAAUUGAUUAAAACAAGGACAGAAAUAAUUUUAUUCCAUAAGUGCAUUCUUAUAUAUACAGGGUGUUUCAGGAAAAGGUAACGCGAUCUCUAAGAUAGGUGAAAAACUGAAAAAUAAUUGGGGUUUGCUUAGUAUAAAAUUUUUGUAACGGCAUGCGUUUUCACGAUACAGGGCGUUGAAGAACAAAAAGUUUUACACAUUUUUUUCACUAUUUUUCCGAAACUACUGGCAACAUCGUAUAUUAUUUGUUAUACCAAAAUUUUUACUAAGCAAAAUAUAAUAUUGAAAUAAUAAAUAUGUUAUUUUCUUUUAAGUUUUUAUUAAAAAAGAUAAAAUAGAAGAAUGCAUGAGAACAAUAAAGGAUGAAGCUAAAAAUGUAUGUAAGGAUGGGGCCAAGCAGGGAAAAUGUAAAUGUAAAAUUAGUAAUAAAAGAUUAUUAUUCUAAGUUUUGGACAUAUCUCAUGGCAUGGGACAUGAAAUUACGAUUGGCAGGGAUAACCAGACACAUGAACUAAAAAGAAGAACCGUUCUUGGGUGGGCAGCAUUUGGAAAACAGAAACUUUUAAAAGUGAGUUACCCACAUGCCUAAAGAGAAAGGUAUUUGAUCAGUGCGUCCUCCCAGUCUUGACAUAAGGAUCAGAAACACUUACCUUACCUAAAGCCUCGGCUACCAAACUAAGAGUAACGCAGAGAAGAAUGGAGCGGCCAAUGUUAGGAAUAAGUCUGCGAGACAAAAUCAAAAACGAAGAAAUCAGGAGAAGAACAAAGGUGACUGACGUCAUCAAAAGGAUAGCCAGGUUGAAGUGGAGAUGGGCCGGACACAUAGCCAGAAUGACAGAUGGGCGAUGGACAAAAAGGUUAUUGGAAUGGAGGCCAAGAGAAGACAAGAGAAGCGUCGGUUGACCGCCUACAAGAUGGACAGACGACGUAAGAAAGCUAAAUAAAAACUGGAUGAGCGCGGCGCAGGAUAGACGUGGUUGGAAACGAGGGGAGGAGGCCUAUGUUCAGCAGUGGACUUUUGAGGCUGGAUGAUGAUUGUACGUUUUUAUUAUUACCUCCAUUGCGAUUAAAAUAAUAACAAAGUUCUUUUACCGGGUUUCCGGUACUUUUCGCAACCUAGUUUUCCAUUUAGGUUCAAAUGGUCACUUGGGUGUUACGUAACGUUUAGGUAGGGGGAGGGGGUACAUAAAAACGUUACGGUGCGUUACAUGGGGGGGAGGGGGGUCAAAACUCUAAAAAUUGCGUUACGUAAUACUUGAACGCUCCCAAAGGGGAAAAAGAUGAUGCCAAGCAAAAAGAGGAUUUAGAACAUUAUAAUAGUGAAAAGGCAUUUCAAAAUGAAGACCACAAUUUAAAUUAUCAUUCAAUAUGUUCUGCUCCAACUGUUAAAGAAUUAGUUAAAGUUAUUACAAAGGAAAAUUCUUUAUAAAUGUAACUCAAUAACUUCACAAUUGAUUAUUGCAUAAAAUUAUGAGUUAUCAUUUUGACGAUGUUGAAUUGACAUCGAAAGAAGUAUAGUACAAUAUUACGAUUCAAAAUUUCAAAGUAAAAGGAGAUCUGAGUCUUAUUUUCGCAAAAUUUCAGUGCUUUUAAACUUUAAUGAAAAUUACCGUGCCAAAAAGUUUCUCCUUCAGGAAACAUCUUAUUCAGUGCAAUCUGAAUCUGAUGACUGGAACUGUGAAGUUUAUGUAUUAUAUUACGUGGAAAAUUUAAUAAAAAAUAAAUAUAUGGAUAAGAACUUUAA